AUGCAGAGGGCGGAACAAGAGCUUGCCAAUAAACGGAAACCAAAUCCGUACCAAAUACCAAAAGUUGGUUCAAAAGUAUCACCACGCUCAAAUGCUUCUUCUUACGCGGGUGAAGGUGUGAAGCAAUCAGUUGAAAAAGCCGGAAAUGGUGCAAUGAGAAUAACGCCAUCCGUGGUUAAUCUUACAAAACCUGAAUUAUAUUCUAUUUAUGCAGGCGAUUCUAAUGUUGAAGGUGAUGAUGAUGAAGAUGAAUCGCAGAACAUUUACAAUAAUCUUUCGGAGGGCCUUCAUAGGUCAACAUCCCAUCAUAUUGAGGAAAGAAAAAGCAAGCAUCACAAGAAGCAAAAUUCUUCUUUUACUCUAUCACUUAGCUUAGUAAUUGCCAAAGUUAUUACGUGUUCUCUCUUGCUUUCGAUUACGGGAAACUUGAUGUUUUAUUUUGGCGAACAGCUUUACAAGGCCAAUCCUAUACUACCGGACAUAUCUAAGUAUCGUUUCUUGUAUAUUUUCCAGGAUCUCUUGCGCAAGAACGAGAAAUUCUCGGAUCUUGAGAUAACUCUCUUGGGAAACGGUGCCGAAAGUGUCAUUGUGGGAUUCGCUUCAUUUAUACUCGGUAAGGCAAUAGAUCUUUCUGUGUCCGGACAAAAUGCAGAUUUACACAGUAAACAUGGAAAGUUAAAUAAACUCAAGGAACACGAUAGCAAAUCAUCAUCUGGGCAAGGCAUAUCAACGAACAACGAAGAUUACGAGGAAAAUUCAAGUGAUGAAUCGGAAUCCUUUUCUCUUGGUUUUCAAAUUCAGCAUUAUUUAACUCUCGUUUUUGAUUCAAACUUGGUGAGGUCAAUGGUGGCUGCUGUGGGUUUGGCUUAUUGCUUUAAGAAGUACCAAUGGUCUUCAAAGAUUCAGGUUGUUUCAUUAUGGAGUGCAGCAAACAUUAUUAUCUGGCGUGGGACGGAUGCGAAUAUUACGGGCCUUAUUUCCUCGACAAUUAUAGCUUUCUCUGUUAUGGCAUUUAAUGCUUACUAUGAUGAUGGCAUAACAUUUUCAUUGGAAGAUACUGACUCAAUUGCUGAUAUUUUGUGGGUUGGCUCAUUUGUCUUCAUUGGACAAAUUAUUUUCAGCAAAAUUAUUAGAUUGGUGUUUAACAGCUAG